AUGUCUAGUAUCCCGUCUGGCCCAGCUAGUCCUGGCGCUUUUGAGGCGGUGAAGGGGGGUGAUUCGACUGAAUCAAGCUUGGGCCUACUGCCUUUCAAGCUUGUAGGUGCAGCAGCCAAAAUGGACUCCGAAAUGAUUAAGCAGUACUUACCUCCGGGGUUUCUAAAAGAGAUUUAUAAGAUCGCGGAGGAUCGUGCUAAGAAUGGAAAGGACUGGAAGAGUAAAGAGGAUGGCGAAGAAAAGGGGAUUAUCGUCGACAAAGAUGGUCAUAUCGUGGAUGGCCCAUUUCCCUUGGCGAUUCACAAGGGCGCAGAGUCCGUGGCUGGGACUAACGAAGGGAAUCCGACUAACAAACAAUGUGCCGCCUCGUCUGUCGCCGCCCGAGCGGAUGCCGGACCUUGCACCGAGGAUGAACUUGAAGGUGCCGCUUUCAAGCUUGUCGGUGAAGCAGCCGAAUUGGACUCCGGAGUCAUUAAGCAGUACUUAUCUCCAGAGCUUCUAAAAGAGAUCUAUAAAAUCGCCGAGGAACGUGCUAAGAAUGGAGUGGACUGGGAAAAUGAAGAAGACGGUGAAGGAAAGAUGAUUAUCAUUGAUAAAGAUGGUCAUAUUGUGGAUGGCCCCUUCCCAUUGACGAUUUAUGAGGGCUGUACAGAUCUAGAGUCGGUUGAGGCGAGUAGCGAAGGGAAUCCGACUCAAGAACACUGUUCCCAAGGAGAUGUCGAGCCCUUGACCGAGGAUGAACUUGAAACUGCCCUUGCGUUCCUUCUGGCCGAUGGGUGUUACUUUUGUACAUCACACUUCCACCAAAGACAAUUGAUACAAAGACUCCAACACUACGGGUAUGAUCAGAUUCAGAUGGAAUUAAGCGCUAGUCAUUAG